AUGGAAAGCAUCAGAGCGAAGCUCAAGCGUAGGCUCAGCCACAAGGAUCAAAAUGCCAACUUCGAUGAACAUGACUCUGCCGACGAAGACACAAUAGACUAUGUCACCAAGGAAGCCGAUGACGCCGAAAAGGAGGGCUAUGAUACUGGAAAGCCGGGCAGCUUCUUGAACCGCCUCAUCCUGCACGGCAACAAAAAGACUGAAGAGCAGCUUGCGCGAGAGAUGGCCGCCGCAAAUUCCGAAGCUGGAGCUGCAGACAAAGUGGUGGUUCAAAGAUGA